CAGUCGCUUUCCUACAGCAGGGCAGGCGUGUUCGUGGACGCAACAGAAUCGACUACGAUGGCGGCCGGCAACGAAGCUCAGCAAAGCACACCGGUGUACCUGGGCGCCCUGCUGGAUGACGGGGAGGGCGCCACCGUGACUCUGGUGGCGGGGCAGACGCGGCUGGUGGUGCACAGGGCGGUCCUCGUGGCCGGGAGCCCCGUGUUCGCGGCAAUGUUCCGCCACGACACGGCGGAGUCGCGCGGCGGCCUUGUCGACGUCGCAGACGUGGAGGGGCCGGUGCUGAGGGAGCUGCUGACGUACCUGUACACCCUCCGUGCCCCGCAGCUGGCGAGCCUGGCCCCGCGUCUGCUCGCCGCCGCCGACAAGUACGGCGUGGCGAGCCUGAAGGCGCAGUGUGAGCAGCAGCUGGCCGCUGGGCUGACGGUGGACAACGCGGCGGCCACAGCUGUUCUCGCGGUGCGACACUGCUGCCCCGGCCUCCGGCAGACGGCCGUCUCCUACAUAAAGGGCCACACACACCGAGUGAUGGCGACGCAGGGCUGGGCUGACGCAGUGCGCACCCAGCCAGAAGACGUCGUCGAACUCGGCAAGAUGCUGGCGGAGACGCCACCGGAAUCCAGCUCGCCCGCCAGCCCCGGCCCCAGCGCCGCCACUCAGCCUCCCAGAGGCGCGGCUGCCCGCCACACUCCGCCGCCUCCUGACGACGCGGCCGUCUCUCGCCUGCGGAGCCUCUCUCAACAGGAGAGAGGGAGGAGGCUGAUAGAGGCGGCCAAGCAGGGUGCGGUGGAACAGCUGCGCGAGUUGCUGGCGGCGGGGGCGGACGUGGGGGCGAGGGAGGAGGGUUGGUGGGGGGGCAGCUGGACCGCCCUGCACUGGGCAGCAGAGAGGGGUCACGUGGCGGCGGCCAGCUGCCUCGUUGGCGCCGGCGCGGAGGUCGACGCCCUCUGCCCUGGACGCGGUACAGUGUGUCCGUCAAGUCGUGCGCCCUCUCCGCUCCACAGUGCUGUCCCGGCGACCCAGUCUGGCCACACAGCCUGGCGGCGCUCACUCCCAGCUCAGCGACUGCCCCGUCCAGAAAAACACGGCAUUGCGGAGAGCCUCUCUCAACAGGAGAGAGGGAGGAGGCUGAUAGAGGCGGCCAAGCAGGGUGCGGUGGAACAGCUGCGCGAGUUGCUGGCGGCGGGGGCGGACGUGGGGGCGAGGGAGGAGGGUUGGUGGGGGGGCAGCUGGACCGCCCUGCACUGGGCAGCAGAGAGGGGUCACGUGGCGGCGGCCAGCUGCCUCGUCGGCGCCGGCGCGGAGGUCGACGCCAGGGACAGCCUGGAGCAGUACACGCCCCUGCACUGGGCUGCAUACUAUGGCCACGCUGGUGUGGUGCGGCUGCUGCUCGGCGCCUCUGCUGACCCCAACGCCAGGGAUCUGUGGGGGCGGACGCCGCUGCACUGGGCGGCAGAGGGGGGCCAGGCAGGGGCGGCGGCUGAGCUCCUCCUGGCGGGGGCGGACAGGGGGGCCCGGGAUGACAAAGGCAGGACCCCCCUGGACCUCGUCAGGAAGAGAGCUAAGGGAACAGUGCAGAAUACAGCAGCGGUGGCGGCGAGCGAGAAGGCGUUCCCCAGGCAUGCGCCGGCAGCGGAUUCGCCGCGCGGCGUGACGGUGAGUGGCUGGGGUGAGGCUCGCGAGCCAGCCGUGGGGCCACCAGAGAGACUCGCGCCCGCCAGCCUCCAGCACUCGGCUGUGAGGCGGACCUGCAACUUCCCCUCAGCCAGCAUCGGCCGCCAGGGCCCACCUGUGGCGCAGCAGGCGGCCACGCAUUUCCAGAUUGGCUGA